CCAUUAUGUCCAUUCUGCAUCGACCCUGCCGCCCUCACUUUUUGUAUUUUUCAUCUUUUCAUCCCCGGGGUCGAAGGGAGACAUGGCAUGCUGCAGGUUCGUUUCCAGGGUUUCUGCGAGCUUCCCAGCAGGUGUUCGAACAUGUUACUCAAAUACAAGAAAUGCCCUGAAAAUCGGCAAGGACACCAAAGUAAUAUGUCAAGGUUUCACCGGCAAGCAGGGCACGUUCCAUAGCAAGCAGGCGUUGGAGUAUGGCUCCCGACUGGUCGGGGGAGUGUCACCCGGGAAGGGGGGCCAAACGCACCUAGGCCUGCCCGUCUUCAACAGUGUCAAAGAGGCUCGGGCAGCGACGGGCGCCGAUGCAUCGGUGAUCUAUGUCCCGGCACCGGUGGCGGCCAAGGCCAUAAUGGAGGCGGUGGAGGCGGAGGUGCCGCUGGUGGUCUGCAUCACGGAGGGCAUCCCCCAGCAGGACAUGGUGCGGGUCAAGAACCAGCUGAUGCAGCAAAGCAAGACGCGCCUCGUGGGGCCCAACUGCCCAGGCAUCAUCAAGCCCGAGGAGUGCAAGAUUGGCAUCAUGCCGGGCCACAUCCACCAGAAGGGCAAGAUCGGCAUUGUGUCUCGGUCGGGCACUCUCACCUACGAGGCGGUACACCAGACGACGCAGGUGGGGCUGGGGCAGUCGCUCUGCGUCGGCAUCGGGGGCGACCCCUUCAAUGGGACCAACUUCAUCGACUGCCUGGACAUCUUCCUUCACGACCCGGAGACCAAGGGCAUCAUCCUGAUUGGAGAAAUCGGUGGAAAUGCAGAGGAGAGUGCUGCCGAGUUUCUCGAGAAGCACAACUCGGGUACCAGUGCCAAGCCAGUGGUGUCGUUCAUUGCCGGCCUUACGGCGCCGCCUGGGCGGAGGAUGGGCCACGCGGGUGCCAUCAUCGCCGGCGGCAAAGGGGGUGCCAAGGAGAAGAUCGAGGCCCUCAAGGCAGCUGGAGUGACGGUCACCAAGUCGCCGGCCCAGAUGGGGGCUGCAAUGCUCCAGGAAAUGCAGAAGCGUGGCUUGGCAUAACUCUGUGAAGGACAAGGCAUAGUUAGUGUGGGCUUUUGUGCAUAUUAAUUUGCUGUACAGUUGGGUUUUGCAGUGUUUGCUCUAACGAAAAAAGAAUAAAGGCUUGUUUUAAAAACUCCAA